UGGAUCUAUCUCUCUAUCUUUGCUCUCUUCCCUAAACAUUCCAAAGAGAAUUAAUAUCUCAAGAUCCCUCUCAUAUCGUCCGCUACAGAAAGAGAAGAGAUGGUUAGAGAAAUGGAUGCAUGACUCCCACCCACUCAAUCAUAACCCCAGUACCCCACCCAUAUCAUAUUCUUCUUCAUUGUCUCUCCAUAAAUCCGUAACUCUCUAACCUUUUUCCCCUAAAAAUAUCGUCACUGUGCACUACAAAAACAUUAGGAAACCACUCUCAAACCCCACCUACAUACCAUACCAUACCAUACCAUUUCUGGUUUUUAAAUUUGCCCGACCAGUACUCUAGUCCCAUCCCAUCUUCUCAUCUUUCACAUUUUUUUGGUACACUUGUGAAUUCCUUGUUUUCUUCUCUCUCCAUUAUUACUUGCUUACUCUACCCUGCUACCUAGUUAGUCUUUUCCUGAUCUUCUUUUAAUUAAUUCUCUUUCUCUUUCUUUGUUUUUUUUUUUUGUUUACCCUUUUUUCUUUAAUUCUUGAUCUGUGUGUGUAGAUAUAUAGAUAUAUGCUACGUAGUACCUUUGCUUAGUCUUCACUUUUCUCUUGUUAAGGAAUUCUAUUCUCUCCCUUGAUCUGUACUCAAAUCCACAGUUUUAUUAAUUAGCACUAAAAAAGAUGGCUCUGGACGCGGUAUCUGAACGUGUUUGUUAUGUUCACUGCAAUUUCUGCAACACCAUUUUAGCGGUUAGUGUUCCAAGCAGCAGCUUGCUCCAUAUUGUGACAGUUAGAUGUGGGCAUUGUGGCAAUUUGCUGUCUGUGAACAUGGGAGCUUCCUUAGAAACACUUCCUCUUCAAGAUGCCCAGAAACUGCACCUUAUAAACUCUGAAGAUUUGAACAAGGACAGAGGGUCAUCUUCCAAACCUAACAUGGUCACUGCUUUUAAGUCUGCCGAGCAUGAACCACCAAGAAUGUCCCCCAUCCGCCCAGCCCCUGAGAAGAGACAACGUGUUCCUUCUGCAUAUAACCGGUUCAUCAAGGAGGAAAUUCAAAGGAUUAAGGCUUGUAAUCCUGACAUCAGCCAUAGGGAAGCUUUCAGCACGGCAGCAAAAAAUUGGGCACAUUUUCCACACAUUCACUUUGGACUGAAGCUGGAUAGCGACAAGCAUCCUUAAUUAGACCACCAGUCAUUCGCCGGAGAGGCACUCAAAAAACUAAUGGAUUGUACGAGAUCAAUGGUGUCCUGUGAGUAGUAAAACACACACACACAUAUAUAUAAUAAGCUAUAUAUAGCUACUUUUUUCCAUGUAUAAUUAUAAUAAUACCUCGAGUAUCAUCGAAGAUUAUAUAAUUAUGUGUGUUAAUUUCAUAUUAAAAAAAAAUAAUUUCCUAACACUUUAUAAAGUGAAUGCUAUUUCAGUGAUUAUUAUUGCAUUUAUAUAUGUUGGAAUUUUGUAGAA